GUUCUCGGUUUCGGUCGAUCCGCUCUCAUCAAUGAGCACACGCGUCGGCGCGCCGGCAAUAUGCCCACCAUCCACGUAACGGCCCAGGGCGUCGAACACCUUCAGUCGAUUUCAAAUUCCCUCCGCAAGGCGCGAAAGGUCGUUGUCGUGACCGGCGCAGGCAUCAGUACUAAUUCAGGCAUCCCAGAUUUUCGUUCUCGGAAUGGCCUUUACUCUCUGAUACAAGCACAAUAUGAGGCAGCCAAAAAUGCGUCUUCGGGGGGUGAUGAGACGCAAAGCGAUCAUCCCCCAGCAAAGCGACGGAAACUGUCUGCCGAUUCGACCACCGCCGAGCACGAAUCCACCCAGCCAGUGCCCCCCACGGGCGUGUCGAAAUUGAAGCCCGAGGAACUUGCCCCGGUUGGCAAAGCCGACGAAACCCCAGAUGAAACCAAUGCGGCGGUCGAUAGCAAUACAGCAACCCAUUCUGGCGGCAUCCAUCCGCCAAUGGUGCUUCCUAGCUCGCCAUUGGCCCUGCCCGAAAUCGCAUCCGAUAGCGAAACGCGUGGUCCAUCGAAUGGAAGGCAAAUGUCCAGCACACCUGUGCGAAGACCAGGUUCACUCUCAGCUCCAGGGUCUCCGAAAGAACACUCGUCUCCCCUCUCGUCGCCGCCACCCAUACUUUUUGACCCUUUCUCGGACAGCACAUCCGAGAACACGAGCUCAACGACGUCCGAGGCUGGGGAUACCCCGCCUUCAUCGCAGUCCCAGUCCCAGUCCCAGCCAGUAGGCAGUCAUCGAAACAGCCUGCCAAAUAUGAAGGGCAAGGACUUGUUUGACGCUUCCGUCUGGUCUGAUCCUGUCCGAACAUCUGUCUUUUACAAGUUUACUACGAGUCUGAAGCGCAAGUCGAAGGAAUCCAAGCCAACGAGCACCCAUCAUUUCAUCAGCCAUCUGCGAGAUAAGGGAAAGCUUGUUCGCUGCUACACCCAAAACAUUGACGAAAUAGAAAAGAGGGUUGGUUUGUCAACGUGUCUGAAGCUUGGUCCGGGAAGUCGAGCCAGGUUUGCUCGUCCUAGUCGGGCAUCGGCACCGGCAGCACUAGCUAGGAGCUCGAGUGACCCUGGAGUCUUAGAAAGCAAAGAAACCAAGCCAGCCGUCCCUCCCCCAUCUGGUGGGGUGGAGUGUGUCUUUCUGCAUGGCUCGUUGGAUUCCCUUCGAUGCUUUCAAUGUGGCCAGACAAGCGACUGGGAGAACGACUUGGAGAUGGCAACUCUAUCCGGAAACCAGCCCGCAUGCCCUCACUGCGAGGGUGCAACCGCUGCUAGGGAGAACAGGGGCAAGCGUGCCCUCGGAGUUGGAAAGUUGAGGCCUGACAUUGUCCUUUAUGGCGAGGAGCAUCCAAAUGCGCACCUCAUCUCACCGCUGAUACAACACGACCUGUCACUCAAUCCAGACAUGCUACUAAUUCUUGGCACCAGUUUGCGUGUCCACGGGCUCAAGGUCAUAGUUAGGGAGUUUGCCAAAUCAGUUCAUAACCGGGGUGGCAAAGUGGUAUUUGUCAACUUGACCAAGCCCUCCGAGAGCGUCUGGGCCGAUGUUCUGGAUUACUGGGUUGAGUGGGAUUGUGACGCGUGGGUCGAAGAUCUCAAGAUAAGGGAGGCUGAACCAAAGGGCGGGAAAGGCAGCUCAGGCCGCACCGAGAAGGGUGCUGUUGACACCGUAAAACCGUCGAAAAAGAAGAAAGCCACAACAGUAUUAAACAAGAAUGCCUCGAGCCAAGAUCAACCGAAACAGGCAACGACGGAACAGGAACCGAAGGCCACGGCGAUCGGCCAGCAACCCAACACCACAGUGACCGAACAACAACCAAAGCCCUCGGCGAGUGAACAAAAGCUCGAGGCAUCUACGAGCGAGCUGCAGCUUGAAAUACCGGUGGGCGAGCAACGGCGGGAAUCAUCGCCUAGCGGGCAACAGCCCAAAACCUCUGCAGGUGAGCAACAACAGGAGGUUUCGGUACCCCUUCAGGAACCACGUCAUCCAGAGCUGCAUGUCGAAGCAGAAAAGGAAACCUCUUCUGCUCCUGGAGGAUUUACGGCUCGUUUGCCGGCGCCACCCACAGACACCAAGGAUCUUCCCAGAGAUGGAAUUGAACAAAAUGUCAAGAUUUCGGAGUCGCCUAAGAAACGUAACAAGCAAAAAAACAAAGCUAGAAAACCUUCACGACGGACACCAGACCUUCCAGAGGCAACUAAUGAUCCCGCCUACAUUCUGCAGUGCAUCUAUGCAGAACUGGCACAGAUUAGCGGCAGGCCAAACAACUACCUCCGGUCUUUCCACCGACCACUUGAUCCUACAGCAAUACACAAGCCGCCGCCGAGGAAGAAAAAGCUGCUGGGCGUGCAGAAGCCAAAAAUUCCCGCACCCAAGAAAGCACCCCGUCCGAGAAAGUCGAAUUUGGCUGCGGAGAGGCCGAUCGAAUCAACCCAAGUCGAUUCCAAGCCAGCUACCAGUCCAUUGCUUGAUUCUGGCUCUUCAGGCUCACAAGAUAUCGACACUUCAGCACUUGCUGCCAAUGCUGAGCUAGUGGCACCGGUCCAGAUCACUGAUCUUGUGGAUGGAGUUGCGGCUGCGAUCAAGUCAAAUCCGCGCAAACGCAAGCCAAAGAUGAUUGAUGGUGUUGCCGUCGUGUCAGUUGCGCGAAAGCAAAAAUCUACAGUUGCAAAAGCAGCUGAGUCAAAGCAGAAGGCAUUGGAACCUGCAGAGGCUCUGGACCCUGCAGAUGCUCAUGCUAUAGCUACCGCUACUACGGCCGCUGCAUUACAACUACUCCACAAAGGAGCCUCGGCCACACAGAACAGUGGCCACGACCUCUCGCCUGAUGGAACAGAGUUCAGCUCUGGGCCUCUGCCACGUCCUAAUAUGAGCAGCGGAGUGGACGGCAUCCCAGCAGGUGACCCCUCACAAAGUCCGCAAUAUACCGCCGUUAGGCUUGCGCCGUUGAAUCUGGACGAGGAACGCAAGCCCAGUCCUGCGCAUCCCCGGGUCAGCUCCACGUCGUUGCCAGCUCCAUGCCCCAUUGAAACACCACCACGACAGUCGCAACCUCAACCAGUUGUACAUCAGACCUUGUCGCAAGAACUGCAGCAGAAAAUUUCAACUGUGAUGCCGUUACCAUUCAAUUCCAAUCAACCUCCGCCGCCAGCCUGGCUUACUCAGUCAUUAGCAACCCCGCAGGCUUCACCAUAUAUAUACACAUCUUCUCCCCAGCCACCGCGCCCACUCCAACAACAAGCACAAAGAAACAACCCCUUUAGGCUUACACAACCCCUUGUAGGCCUUCGCAGAUCCCCAGGCCUGACGCCGCGAACGUUUUCGCCUGCGCAAUUCUAUUCGGGGCCCAAACCAGGGGGGUUCAGCGGCAAUAACGCCUCGUUAACGGCGUCGUCAGAGGCGCUGGCUGCACGACGUGCCUUGCUGGAGGCUGAAGCCGCUGCGACUUUAUCCAGUAUGGCUAGUAGGAAAUGA